UCUCCCACAGACAGCCGGAGGACCUGCUUUCCUCCUCAGUAGCCGGUCACGUGGUGCGAUGAUAGUUCGAUCAUGUGGCCUGACGUCAUCAAGGUCCUUUCCAGAAUACAAACAGGACUGGACGGAAAACGACUGCUGGGCUCCAUAGUAACGGUCUGCAGACGUAAGGAAGAUGCCAAGAUGCUUUGUUGAGCGCUGCCACAACUAUGGGGGGAAGCGGCUGAACAUCAUUCUUCAUUCCUUCCCCAACAACCUGGAUAAGAUCAAGAUAUGGCUGCGGUACAUCGAGCAGAGCGGCCAUGUCAUCCGGGACAUGGAGGAGCUGGCACAGAGGAUAUUUGAGGGCAAAACCAACAACCGCUUCAGGGUCUGCUCUGAACACUUCACCGAACAGUCCUACCAGCCCAGCGGACUGAGGAAGACUUUGAGGAAGGACGCUGUCCCCACCAUUUUCCGAGAUGUCCCACCACAAAAGUGUCCGUGGCAGAAAGUGAAACCAGCCCUGAAGAACAUGGACACAUCAGUACCGGGAGCACCGAACCGCGGGACAACCACAUCGCAGCAGCCUCAUCGUCACAGUGUUUCUGAUCUAUUUCUUAUAAACCCUUCUGUCCUGAAUCAUCAAAGAUGUGGCCGGACUAACCUGGAGAGGACAAUUAAAGCCACCAAACAUCUACAACACAAUAUCAAGGAAACCAAGGAAGGAUAUGGUAUGAGCACGAAGCGGACAGAUGUCACCCAUGUGAUCCUGAAGCUCACGCUGGAGAUCAUCUGCCUGCUGACCGGAGAGGAUUAUAUUGUGGUGAAGAAGUCAUCUAGUCAUGGAGGAGGAUGGGGCCGGACCCUGAGCUCCAUCAUGGAGCCUCCAUCUCUGAUACACGUGAAGAACAACGAGAAGAGGAUCCUACAUCUGACCAGCAAGAUCAUGGAGCUGCUGACCAGAGAGAAAUGUGAAUAUGUAGAAGAUCGUCAGAAAGGUGUCAGGAUCAAGGGCCACGGGGCCCUCGCAUCUCUUGAUGAUAUGGUAAAUGGCCUGAGUGACCCAGGGUCCACCCGUACUGUGAAGGAGACUUCAUGUGAAGAAAAAGAGGACGUUCCCAUGGGUGCGGGUCAUAGACGACAGUUCCAGUUUAAUAAUAUUAAGGUUGAAGCUGUCUCGAAUGAUGGAAGAAACGUCCCAGACCCCAAUACUGUUGUAUAUGCAGAUGACACCCAACACUAUCCAUCGACUCAUGUCAAGGAGGAAUUAGUCUUGUGUGGUGAAGGAAACCUCACCGCCCCCGAGAUCCCGGCAGCCUCGGCUCAUACACAACAUACUUCUCAUAUUAAGGAGGAACCAGCCUUGCGUGAAGGUGGAAACCUCAUCGACCCCAACCGUUAUACACCCACCGAUCCCACACAACAAUAUCCGUCUCUUAUUAAGGAGGAACCGGUGAAAUGUGAGGGAGGAAAUGCUGCAGACCCCGACAUUUAUACCCCCACGGAUCACGUAGACCAUUAUUCUCUUGCUAGUAUGGAGGAGCCAUUCUUGUGUGAUGGAGGAAACCCCAUGGAUCCUCAUCCAUCCAAUUGCGUUAUGGAAGAACCCUUGUUGUGUAGGGAAGGAAAAGCCGUAAAUUCUGACACUUAUACAGAAUCGCCUCCGUCAUCGGCUCAUCCAGAGCAUGAAACUGAAACCGCGCAGGAUAACGAUUCAUUGUUUGACAAAGGCAACUUAGACACGGAUAUAUACGCGCUUAUAAAACAUGCGCAGGCAAAAUAUACGUUCAGCCGUAUCGAAGACGGUUCAAGUUCAGAGGAAGAUGAGAAUCCUAAAGACGCAGACUCUCUGACACCAGCAGAUCAGGCUCAACACCGUCCACCUCCUCAUGGUAUGGAGGGUGAGGCCGCCGUCCCGCAGACUUUUAAGUGUCGCGACUGUUCGGAAUGUUUCACUCGGAAAUCAGGGCUUAUAAAUCACCGGCGAAAUCACCGACAAGAGAAACUGACUUGUUCCAAAUGUGGGAAAGUCUUCUCCAAGAGAUCCAGCCUUCAGAACCACCUCACCCUGCACACCGGGGAAAAGCCAUUCGCCUGUCCCGUAUGCGGAAAGUGUUUUGCUCGAAAAAGUAAUCUGAUCUCCCACGAGACCAUUCACUCCGGGAAGGCGUCUUAUAUCUGUGCAGAGUGUGGGAGGUAUUUUGUCUGUAAGGUUCAUCUCACCAAACAUCAGAUCAUCCAUGAGAAAUGAUCCUCCUCCUCAGCCUGUAUAUGAUAUAUAUAUAUAUAUAUAUAUAUAUAUAUAUAUAUCCAGUGUUCUUCCAUGGUAGAAGCCAUCUUGGUAGCAUUCGAUGGCCCGAGAUAGACGACAGCAUGACAAUUAUCAUGUGAUGUAUUUUACACCAGUUGUGACUGUUCGUAGUACUUGUGCGCAGUUUUCUCCAUCUCACGUCUUUUACAUCAUCGAGGCCUUAGAUCUUUCCGCAGUCACCACCCUCUCGGGCCUUAAAGAAAUGGAGAAUUUUCUUGCCAUGCAAGUAUCUUGUUUUUCCUCUUACUUUAGGUUAUUUGUCGUUUUUUUUUUUUUUAUAAUGUUUUUUCAGAUUGAAAAGUUCCAUGUCUUUAUUAAAGACCGUUAAUAAGCUUGUCAGUUUUUAAAUGUCUUUUUAUGUCUUGCAUGAAAUCCGUACACAAGAUCCUCAACCCCCCGACUGCGGAAGGAUUUACUUAAUGCAUGUCUAUCCCCUCUAUCAUCAAGUAUUACCCUCAUCCAAAGAUCUGCUCUUGUCAUAAACACAUAUGUUUGGAUACGUAUCAGUGUUAACCGCCAUAUUGUUGAUGUUGAGUUGUGUGUUGGAUUCUCAGAUCCAACUGUAUAGAUCGAUCACUGUAUGAAGCCAUAAUUAUCCUGUUCUUACUCCUUUAUCUGUUUCGAGCUGUAAAUAAAGAGUCUGGUUCUG